AUGACAUUAUUCUCAUUAAUGAAACAGAGCAAGACAACUGAUGAUAUUCUUGUUGGAAUAGUAUUCGAUGGUUAUACUUGGCUAUGUGUUACUUACAAAGAAGAAGGAUUAAUAGUUUAUGAAUCAAAAACCUGUAUAUAUACUAAUCGUCUUCUCCAUUGUCGAUUAUGUCAACUACUUGAACGUACGUCUAUUGAAUUUAUUAAUGUUAGAAUAAUAAAAACUCCAACAACCGUAUUAUCAUCAUAUGAAAACGAGAAUUUAUUCGUAUGUUUCGCUUAUGCUUGCUGCGAGGGGGUGAAACAGUGGGAAACUGUAAAUGAAUUAACAACAUCAGCAAUAAAUAAUAUUGAUAAUCGGAUUUUGCUUGAAUUUACGGAGAAUUUAAAUGAUUCAGAUAAUGUAUUCGAUGAUAUUCAGUAUAUUGAUUCACCAGAAAAAGCUCAAGAUGAUGGAGAGGACAAUGGAUAUGACAAUGUCGGUAUUUGCCAAGGUGAAAUUGACAUAGAGAAAUAUAUUGAAUUGAUUGAACCUAUAUAUAAUCCACCUUCUGAUAAUUCUAUUAAUGAUUCACAAAAUAUUCGUUCUACAAUAUUACAACCAUUAUCAGCUGGUCUGCAUAAACUGAUAAUCAUCAUCUUAUUUGAUGGUCAACAUUGGUUAACUCUUGUGAAUUAUAAAUCAGCUCGCCAUUUUACAGUAUUUGAUCGACAUUUCACUGGUUUUAGCCGACGAUUAAUAUGCAUGUUAUCUAGAGCGGUUAAUUUUACCUGUUAUACAUAUUAUCGUGUAGAAUUACUACCAGUCAAACAAUGUCCAAUUGACAAAAAAACAGAUAUUUAUUUUGUUCUCGUCUAUGCAGUACUAGUAAUAAAAUUAUAUGCUGAUAAAAAUAAAAAUAAAACUGAUAUUGCAAAUAUUAAGUUUAAUAUUCAACAAUUGACAGAUUAUUUUGAUAAUUCUUUCAAUAAAUUAAUAAUUGAUCGGUUGCUGUUCGAUGUAGUUUCUGAUACAGUCAAUGUUCCUUUAUGUAAACGUUAUUGUACAUUCACCCAGUAUCCAUGGACAUUUAAAAUUACUCUAUCAUGUGACCGUACAUUAAAAUUAAAUUUUAGUGGUAAUUGUAAACACAGUACAUCAGAAAUUCAAGCUCGUUAUAUAAGAGAAAUUGAAAGAAAAAAUCUUCGUACACAGUGUGAACUGGGAAUAUCAGCAGGUGGAUUAUACCUUGAGCAAUUAAAAAAAUUAACAGAGAAACAAAAAGCAGCUGGUAAUAGAACAUCAUAUGGUACAACAGCAGCCAUAAUUCAAAAAAUUAGUAGCGAAGUCAAUGUAGUGUUAUGUGACGAUCCAAAUGAAAAAGAAAGUCUAGAAAAAAUGUAUAGAGAACAAAAAUUAAUAUUCAAUCAGGAGCUGCGAAGUUUGCUUGAUGUUGGAGAAUCAUUAAUUCAACAGCAAGCCGGGAUGAUUUGGAGCGCACAAUUAUCCACAGUUGUUUGGGCCAUUUCAUGA